AUGUACGCCUCCAAGAUCUUCCUCGGCCUCAUCGCCACCGUCUCGGCCAUCGACAUCUACGGCUACCGCAGCAACGAAAAGUGCAGCGGCGGAGACUACGUCGUCUGCACAAACGCCAACCCAGACAACUGCUGCGUUCGCGCCUCUGGCGACGUCUUCCGCAGCAUCGGCUUCCGCGCCAUCCCGACCAACUGGAGAAUCAUCGGCCGCGCCUUCAGCGGCGGCGACUGCAAGAACAUCAAAUACGUCGCCCAGUCCAACGGCGCGGCGAACGUCUGCUGCGGCGGGAGCAACUACUCUGGCGGCAACUAUGGGUUCGCUACCAAGAAGCGCGAUGAGGGCGCCGCUGAGGAUGGGACCUGCGCCGCUUCUGCCGGAGGCUGCACUUCCGUUGCGAAGGGCGACUUGAUGGUCUUUGAGAACGGACCCAAGUAUAACAUGACUGGUCUUGAUGAUGCUCUUUACACUGAACUGAACGGCGGAAGCUCGGAUGAGAUCCCUGCCAAGUUCGAUGCCUACAAGUUUGAGUAG